GCUGCUGCCUGACAGCCGGUGUUUGUUAUCCAUUUUUGCGGGGGCAGCAGCGCAAGGGCAAAGCCUCGCCGCCGCCGCCGCCGCCGCCACCGCCACCGCCACCGCGGCAGUCGUCAUGUCUUCCUCCGUCCUGCUUACCUCUAGGGCUAAUCACUCGCCGGCGCCUCCGUCGCAAGCCCGCCGGGUGUCACAACCGCUCGUCUCCUUCCCCUUGCGCCGCACCCGCUUCGUCGGCCUCCGCCUCUGCCUCGCGCGCGCAGCCGCCGAUUCGCAGGGGCCCAACGGCGCCGCUCCUGGCCCUGAUGGGAACGGAGAGGCCAAGCCAGCCAAUGGCGCCGACACCACCCUGGUACGGCCGAAGAAUCGGAGGGACAUACUCCUGGAAUAUGUUAAAAACGUCCAGCCAGAGUUUAUGGAGCUCUUCAUAAAAAGAGCUCCACCACAGGUUGUUGAUGCCAUGCGCCACACAGUGACUAAUAUGAUUGGGACUCUGCCACCUCAAUUUUUCGCUGUAACUGUCACAACGGUUGCUGAAAAUCUGGCUCAGCUUAUGUACAGUGUCCUGAUGACCGGAUACAUGUUUAGGAAUGCACAGUAUCGUCUGGAAUUGCAGCAGAGUUUGGAGCAGAUUGCCCUUCCAGAACCAAAAGAAGAAAAGGAUUCUGCAGAAUACGCUCCUGGAACCCAGAAAAAAGUAACUGGUGAAGUUAUCCGAUGGAACAAAACCACUGGUCCUGAGAAAAUAGAUGCAGUAAAAUAUAUAGAACUUCUUGAAGCAGAAAUUGAUGAGCUCAGCCGUCAAGUUGCUAGAAAAUCAUCUCAAGGAAGCAAUGAACUCCUGGAAUAUUUGAAAACUCUAGAACCUCAAAAUCUAAAGGAGCUGGCAAGUAGUGCUGGUGAGGAUGUUGUUUUUGCUAUGAAUGCAUUCAUAAAGCGCCUAUUGGCUGUCUCAGAUCCUGCACAGAUGAAGACAACGGUUUCGGAAACAAGUGCUAAUCAGCUAGGCAACUUGAUGUUUUGGUUGAUGAUUGUUGGCUACAGCAUCCGCAAUAUUGAGGUGCGGUUCGACAUGGAAAGAGUACUGGGUGCUGCCCCCAAAAUAGGCGAACUGCCACCUGGAGAAAACAUAUAGGCUUACGCGGGGGUGGGUGGGCCCGGGGGGGGGGGGGGGGGAUGGGAUGGUUAAUCGAAAUUCAUCUGCAGAAAACGGUGUGGAAUGGAUGAGAAGUAGCAUUUGUGCAAAGGCACCCAUCCACAUUUUGGUAACUAAAGAUUGUGAUGCAUAGAAACAAUAGAAUGGGACCUGAAGCAGAAGUUUUGCAACUUGGCUGUUGAUACAACCGCCGCAGGAUAUUGCUCAUGUUGUUGUAUACCUAGUUCAUCAAUUAGAUCGAGUCUCUUAUUGAAUUGGAGAUAUAGAAAUAUAUCCACCCCUUACCUCUAGUAAUUUGUCUCGAGUCUUUAAGAACAUAUAUACCUGAUUUAAAAUAGUUCAUCAAUUAGAUUGAGUCUCUUAUUGAAUCGGAGAUAUAGAAAAUAUCCACCCCUUACCUCUAGUAAUUUGUCUCGAGUCUUUAAGAACAUUUAUACCUGAUUUAAAAUAAACAAUGUUCUUGUCAUCUCAUCUGUUGCACAUG